AUGACCACCUUGACCCCGCGAAAGAAUCCAUUACGGGCUUGCCAUCAGGGUAUUGCUUUUGUUAACGACGAACCGACAUGUCGGCACAAGAAGCGCAUGGUUCGGAUACCAAAAGGGUCGGGGAGACGGGUCAUGCGAAAGGUACUUGUACUUCGACGAGGUAGACAAGGUGAAACCGCUCCGAACGCCAUACAAGCAACAAAGCAUCACUCAGUUUCUCCAACUGCCCACGCCAUCUACAGACGGACGAUCUGGGUCGUACCUCGCAAAAUCCGAUGGCCAAGACAGCGAGACCGAUCCAACUCGCCCAGCCGCAAACCCCACCAGACGAACCGCUCCUUCCGCCGGCAGGAAACAGCGGUUGCAUCAAGGUCCAUCACAAUCGACAGAAAGAGACCAAUAUCACCCGAUACACAAGAGAACUCGCCUUUGAAGAAACAUCAGUCUGGACUUCAAUCCGCCAAAGAUCCUGCUGUUCGACUUCUCUUCCCACCCACUCCCUACAAGCGGGCGGCGAAUGAAUCCCAUACCGAUGAAAAUGACCCAAGCUACUUUGCAGGUGAAGAUAAAUUCGGCAAGAAGUCUUCCGAUGCAUCGAGCCAGACCAGCAACGGUGGCUCCAGAACCUCUCCUCGUGGUGUUGCUAGGGUGCCACUUGGUAACGCCGACAUCAACCGAGUUUAG